CAAGUUGAUUGAAUAAAAUAAGAACAUGGACUAUAAAAUGGAUGCAGUUCCUUGAGCACCGUUUCUUCCAAAGCGUGUAUUCUGCAGAUUGUUGGCCUGAAUGAUUGAUUGAUAAGCAGCAUACACAAGACUAAUAUCAAGAAAACAUUCUGUCUGUUGCUGCUGUGUUUGACAAAACUGGUGCAGAGUCACGUCUUCUGAAAUGCAGUUGAAAAAAAUGAGGGAAAUUUUACCAAGAUUGUACUCUGGCCAAGUUAAUGAUAAAAAUAAUUCCUUAACUACAUCCCCAAAGCAAUCUUCUGAGGAUAAAACAAAUCCAUCAAAAGGGGAUGAUGACCAAAACUGCUGUUACCAAGGGACUGAGGCUGAGAAUAAUAAGUUGUCACUGAUAAGCUGUAUAAAAUGCAGAAGUGUUCAGAAAAUUUCAAUGCAAGAUAUAGAAAAGCAUAAGAAGCUUGGGUGGACUGAAGACAAACAUUUCAUCUGCAAGAAGUGCAGCCAUAUUACACCACCAGCUUUCCAUUUUGUUCCUGAGGGUGCCAAUGCUGUAGACUUUGAAAAACGUGAAAAAAAAUCCCCAAGUAAAACCCAGCAAACAUUUAAAGUUAAAAACUUUCUGCCAGGUAAAUACUACUGUGAUAAAUGUAGAUUUUCAACAAAGGAUCCUUUGCAGUAUAAAAAGCAUGUAGGUCAACAUGAAGAAAUUAAAUUUAUUUGCUCCCACUGUAGUUACAUAUCCUACACCAAAGGAGAAUUCCAGAGACAUUUGGUGAAACACACUGGAACUUUUCCGUAUCAGUGUGAAUACUGUGAAUAUGGUGCUGUUAGACAUGACUAUAUAGUCAAACAUACGAGAAGAGUACAUGAAACGCCCACAAAACGGCUGUCAAAUACUAUCAUAAACCACAAGCAAAAGAAGCAGAGUCAAAGCACUUUAUUUGAAAAGCAGAAAUACAGUAAAAUUCCUUUUCACAAUAAACUCUCAAAUUUGUCUUCAAAUAUGGUUUGUGAGAUUCCAGAUAAAGUAACUAAAACAGUCUGUUCCUCUCAUGAUGUAGAAUGUAGCGUAAACACAGCAUCAGUCCAGGAUAAAACAAUAUUGGAGCCAUCUGAAAUAAGCGUAUGUGAGAAUCAAAGUGUUGAAGUUGAGGUUUAUUCUCCAAAAACAGAGCCUUUGCAACCUGGGAUGCCUUUAACAGUAGUUGCACCAUCUGAACUUGUAGUUCCUUCUAAUUGUUUAGCUCAGAUAGUAGAGAUUAAAAUAGUGAAUGGAGCGCAACAGUUGGUUCUUAAACUGAUUCCUAUGAAAGAAGCAACUUACAAACCUGUAAACGCUGCUGGAGAGGAACUUGAGAAUCAAGAUAUAGAACGAUCUGCAGAAGGAAAAAAAACAUGUUCUGUAUCUCAAAAUGAGUUACUAACCAUGGAAGUGAAUGUAGACAAAUUAUCCAGUGUUAGUAACCAGCUUAAUUUGGAUAGUACCUAUGACAAGAAUUCUGAAUGUCUUUGCUUUUCCGAUUCUCAACUCUCAGACUGUAACUCUGUAUCUAUACAGAGGGAAGAUGCAUCAAAAUUAUGCUUUCAUUUGGUGAAAGGUAUUGAUGUCCAUUCAGGUGUUAUAGAACUUUGUUCUCCAUCUCUGGUGAUGAAUAGUACUGAAAAAAAAAGUGAUCUUAAAUCCUCAAGGUGGGAAGUAGAUGGAAAAAAUAACUUACAUUAUGACUUGUAUUGUUAUGAAGAAGGUGUGGAUAUACCCCCUCCAAAAUAUGCUAUUUCUGCAGAGAAAAGUUCCAAGAACAUUUCAGUAGAGGCCGCUCAGGAGGGCAAAAAUUCCUCUUCUUCUGCAGUCCUUAAACAAAAGGAUACAUUGCCUCUAAAGAGGGAUGACAAAGAAUGUGGGAGUCUGCCAGUCAGCUCUACAGAAACACAUCUAGCUGGUAAGGGUUUUGAUAAAAAAUCUGUUACAUCUUCUGAAGCAGGAAAAAACUUUCAUGUCAUUAAAACUCCACCUUGCGAGGACAUGACUUUUGGCUUUAGCAAAGUAAAGAGAGCUGAAACCGUAAGUCAAAAGAACAAUCUUCUUCUGGAAUCAUUAGAACUACAGAAGAUGGAAAAUAAAGGCAACCCUUUUGAGGGACCUGUUAUUUCAUCUGUAUUUUCUCUUAGCUCUGGGGCUGAAAACGUUCCAGAGGGUGUUAGAUGGGAUGACACAACAUGCAGUAAGAAGCCAGCAACGCUGCUGUGUAGAAAGAUUGCUCAGCUCAUGUCCGCUGCUGAAUCUAACAUGAAAUCCAUGCCUUUGAGAUGUCAAGCUUCUAGUAGAAAGGUGCUUUUCCCUCAAGAAAAUUCAGCAAGCUGUGGGAGAGUUGUUCGUGCCACUGAAGUGGAACAGUCUGCGUCUUUGCCUCCAGUGCAUGGUGGAAGCAGUGUGAUUAGUAGCGAAGAACACAGUAAAGAUCAGUUGCUUACAUUUGCAAGAACAUCUAAAAGCAGGGUAGCUAAAAAUUCCCAUGUUGCUACUCCAGUGUUUAUCCCCAAAGGGACAAUGCUGAGAGUGCUGAAUGCUACUAGCAGUCAAAAAUCAAAUGGAAUAGAAAACAGGAGUGAAACAUCAGCUCCUUCUAAGUAUUGCAAUGAAAUGUUUCUGCCUCGCCCGGUUCCUGUCAGUGUUUCUGAGACACUUAGCAGUAAUUUGCCAUGUUUGCCUAAUCAGAGUGAACUGAAUGCUCAGUCCCGAAGUAUAUCACUCAGGCAAAGACCAAAGCGAGAGGCAAGCAUUAAAAAUAAUAGCAAACAAACUGGUGUACCAUUUCAGAAAAGCAGCGAAGUGAGUAAGCAAAGCAAACCCUAUUCAAAAAGUCAACUAGGUCCCAAAAAUAAGGUGAAACAAGCAAGCUUCAGGGAACUUCCUAAGAGGAAAACAAGAACUCAGUCGGAAACCAGUUCAGGUUCUGACAUGUCAUAUCUGUUGACAGCAAGACGUCUUCGGCUUGUCCCUCUGAGAAUGAAUCAGUUGAUAAAAUGCCCUCGGCGUAACCAGCCAGUUGUGGUACUAAACCAUCCUGACGUUGACUCGCCAGAGAUAAUUAAUGUCAUGAAGACUAUCAACAAGUAUAAAGGUCAAGUCCUGAAAGUAGUUCUAUCAGAAAGGACAAGUAGUUGUCUUGGUGUCAAACGUUAUCGAAAGCGUCUUACUCUUCAAAAUGUUGAGACAGGAAACCAAGCAAAAAAGCAGAGUAUGCUAAAAAUGAAACUAAAAAAGACCCAUAAAAACAACUACCAGGUGGUGGAAACUUCACCAGCUGAAACGCUUCAGUGUAUGUUUAAGUGUUGGUUUUGUGGAAGAGUAUAUAUGGACCAAGAAGAAUGGAUAAGUCAUGGACAGAGGCACUUGAUAGAGGCAACCAAGGGUUGGGAUGUUCUUUCUCUUCCAGCAAAAAAGCAUUAAUUGAGAGACUAGGGGCGUUUCCCCUCUUAAUUUUAAUGAGUGCCACUGACUUGCUUGGAAAGUAAGAUUGAAAUAACUGCUUUAUUUUGCCAAACGGUCUCUACUGUUAGCAAAGUGGGAGAGGAGAGCGGAGUUACAGAGAUAGAGAGAAGCUGAUAGUGAGGAUUAAGCACUACUUUGCACUCUCAUGUUUGAAAUUUGUAUUGGAGGUCAACUUCAUCUGUUCCAUAGGAGAAAUUUGAAAAAGAUUUGCUAUGCAAGCAUCUUUCUAGUUACCAUUCUCUGUGCUAGGAUACUGUGCUGUAACUGGUUUGUGCUAGGUCUGUAUGGAUAAAAAUCUUAGGCUAUGAGAUCUUUGUAAAUUUAACAGGGUUUAGUUUGCUUUAUUACAGCAUGGUGUUUCAGAGAUCAAGCAUACGUGUACUGAAAAGUACCUUUGAUCCUCUGGGCAGCAAAUGUAUAUCAUAGGUUUUAGUGGCAAAUUAAGCACCACGCAUAAAAAGUAAAACUUAAAUGCAAGUACUCUGUUUCAGUGAAACAAAAACACUUCUGCUGACUUCAGAGGAGAUAUAAGGGUGUAAAUGAAGAAUCUGUGGGAUCAGAGUUACUCCCACUAGGUCAGAUAGCACUAAAAAGUUUAAUUUUGUUUAGUACUUAGUCUUUACCUAGCCUGUAUUGCGUAGAUGUGACAAAGAGAGCAGAAUACUGUCAGCUUUCUUUACCAUCUUUGUUCUGAGCAGGCAGAGCCAGAAAUAUCUCAGGCUUGGACCGAUAGGAGAGAGAAGCUUUUCUCUAUAUGGUCUCAAGGCUGUUCUGAAAUCUAAGGAAGUAACAGCCAAACAUAAACCCUCUACCACCAUGUGUGUGUAGCCUGAUAGAAACACAUUUGCAGAAUUGGGCAUUUGGUUAGAACUCUAGUCGGUACGUUAAUCCUUAUUUACAGGGGGAACUUGCUGAAGAUGAAGACUUUUCAAAAUGAAAAAACAUGUUGCACAGCUUUUACAUUGACAGUGUUGAACCAGAUUUUCAGUGCAAUCUUUCAUCCUUCUUAAUCUUAAGAAUUUAGAUGUUGUUAGAAUAUAUUUUUUGUAGGUCUCAAUUCAUACAAGCAUGUGCCUAGUUACAUAUGUACGUCUAACGUGUAUCUACUGACUUCAGUGCAGUGUAAACAUUGCUCAGUUGCUUAAACACUUUCCUAAAUCAGGGCCAAAUUUCAAGUUUUUUUAGUGAAGAAGAGGGAUGGAUGAUGCUGAAGUCUAAUGUUUCUGUACAUGAACAAUAGAUGUUUUUCUUCAUCUUGUCAAUUUUAAAUCAUACAGAAUGAACUAUAUUGAAGCACAUUUACAAUUAAAAUAACUUCUUACAUUUUUACAAAUAAGAAAAUCAAUACUGACUCUAAUGCUGGAUGUGUGUUCUAUGUUUGAACUGGGACUACUCUUGAAAAACUGGUAGUUCCUAACUCUUUUCACUGUUGGUGCAUUUUUGUAAACAGUUUAAGCUGGGAAUAU